UUAACAAUAGAAAUCAUUGAAGUUUAACUUUUUCAUGAUGCAUUCAGCUGUAAGCAGAUGUUAUUAAACUUUCAAGGUAAAAAUGGGUACUAGGCCGGGUGAUUUAUUUAAAUCUUAAAGUCUAAUAUUUAUAUAUAAUAUCACCUAACCCUAUUAUUUCUCAUUUCAAGAAGUAACAUGGCACUGUUCCCAUUGAUUCUGUUGCUCUUGGUAUGUUCUGGAGCUACAUCUGACUUGGACGAUGUGUUGACCAUCACAAAAAUAGAGUUGUUCAUGUACAACAACUUUGGAUCCGGAGCCCUGACGAUGCUUGUUGGAGCUAUCGUUGUGAUGACCUCCAUGCUGAUCAUUAUCGCCAUCUGUCGGUGUUUUGAUAAUCUGGUGAGGUGUUUUACGGGACCCUGUAGAAGACCCAUCUUUCCUCCACCCGCACAGUUGUUCAGUACGCUCCAAGAGCACCGACCCGCUCAGGAUAACAUUUACUGUGGUAUUGGUGUGGAACUUCCUCUCAUCUCCAUAACUGAUGCCUGUGUUGAGUGUCUAGUAUGAUGGUACGGGUUCAGCAGGAGAGAUAAUAGCAAUUGGUUCGCAAGUUUUGUAUUCUAAUAUUUAAUCCGAUCCCACUUAAUUUUAUUUUAUAUCCUAUUUGUCAAUUUUUAUUUACUCAUAAAUGACAUGAUUAUUUACAAAGUGUGUUGUUUGGUUUUAAUCUCUGUAUGCCAUUUUAUUAGAUAGUAAGGAGUUCUAGUUGUCGGGACCGUAAACGCCAAACAGUUGGUUUGGGGUCGUUCACAUAUAAUACGUAAUC